AUGUCGACAAAGGGUCUCUACCGAUUUACGCUGGAGAAAUUCUCUCUGUGCACCGAAGUCAUAUCGGAAAAGCACAUUCUCAGUGAUUCUUUUACAGUUGGUGGCCACCGGUUGGCAUUGGCCAUAUUUCCCGGUUUGUAUGUGAAUCGCGGCCAACAUGGUGGACGGGUCUUCUACCUCGAUCUCUGCAUCAAGCUCCUGAGCGAAUGCCAUAAUGGGGUCCUCUGUUCCUUCCGCAUAACGCUGCUCGACCAGAGCUCGGCCGGGAAACAUCUCACACGAUCCUUUCCAUCCACGAUCGUUAUGCCCAACCAGUGCACGGGCUAUCAUCACAUUAUAGCAAUUCACUCCCUCGACCGGUUGGGUUAUCUCCUGCACGACUGUCUGAAAAUCGAGUGCGAAAUCGAGGUUCACGAGUCGGCUGGCGGCGUUGCUCGUCCCGUGUGUGAUGUUGGUGUCAAUUUUCUUUCCAUGCUGGACACUGACGAGGGCUGUGACGUUACUUUCAAUGUGAUGGGCAGGAGAUUCCCUGCGCACAGUCCCGUGCUAAGAGCACGCUCCUCGGUUUUUGCAUCCUUACUUGACGACAAUCUUAACCAUCGGGAAAUGGUUGUCACCAGCAUUGAGCCUCGGGUUUUUGAGUGUUUGUUGCACUUCAUAUACUCGGAUUCUCUGCCGGAGGAUGAGAAUCGGCUGUUGAUGGAUGGAUAUGCUUUUGGGCUGUCCGUUUCAGCCACUUUUGGGGCUAAAUUGCUUGCAGCUGCAGAUAAAUAUGACCUCAAACGUCUCAAGAGUAUCUGUGAAGCUCAUCUGUGGAGGACCAUCUGUUUCGGACGUUUUUCAGAGAUUCUGAUACUAGCCGAACAAUGUAAUGCGUCUGAACUGAAAAAAUUAUGCUUUAAGUAUGCUUCGGAUAAUCAUGUUGAUCUUCUGGAGCUGGACAAUUUCAAAUGCCUUGAAAAGAAGUGUCCCUUGCUGCUGAAGGAGUUGAAUAAUUAUAUACUAAAACAUACAUCUAAUAAGUGA